ACUUUUUGUCCUGUAAUAUUGGUUUUAUUUUUUCAUUAAAAAUUUUACUGACAUCAUUAUUUAGCUGAAGUUUAAUAAAAUAAUAUUUUCACUGUCUGUUUCUUUUCGGGCCAUUAUUAUUAGUCAUUUCAUUUCAGGACUCUUACUGAAAGUAAAAGCGAGGGAGUGGUCAAGAGAAUGAGACAAGCCACAGACUUGGAGCAAAUAUUUGCAAAAUAUUUUCUGAUAAAAUCUGAUAAAGGACUGCUAUCCGAAAUACACAAAGAGCCCUUAAAAUUGAACAAUAAGAACACGAACACCCUGGGAAUUCCCUGGCCAUCCAAUGGUUAGGACUCCGUGCUCUCAUUGAGGAGUGCCCAGGUUCGAUCCCCGGUCGGGGAACUAAAAUCCCACAAGCCGCGCCCUGCGGCCAAAAAGAAAGAAAGAAAAAAAAGAACACAAACACCCGGACUAAAAAAUGGACAAAAGAACUGCUCAGAUACCUCACCAAAGAAGAUACCCAGAUGGCAAAUAGGCGUAUGAGAAGAUGCUCAAUUUCAUACAUCAUUAGGGAAUGGCAAAUAAAAAUCACAAGAUAACACUACACUCAUGUUAGGACGGCUAAAACUCAACCUAGUCUUUAUUCACUCUGAGCUGGUGAGUAAUUUCACAUGGUAAAAAUAUGUCCUUUUGCACCCGAAGAGUGAAGCCUGACUCCCAAAGGUACACGCAACACCUGAGGGGAGGGGGCGUGGCGCUUUCAGCCUUAGCGCUCGUGCGAGACUAAAAAGCAGUUAGGACUGCCCCUGGCGCCUGAUUAAAAUAUAUCUAAUUCCAGCUGUCGGGGAUUUUUUUCCCCUGCAUCCUACUAGUAUAUUAACUUUUAUUUAUGAUAAAUGUCAAUACAUUUUUAUUAAUUUCUGAGAGUCCUCUCAGACUCAUUUCAAUUGGGCAUGCAUUCGUCCUGAGUUGCCUUUUGUCCCCAGCCCAUUGUAAGCCCUCCAUAAAGUUUGCAGCUUAGAAUGAUGAUGUAACUUUUGCUAAAAACAACCUCCCCACACCCCAAACCAAAUUGUACCACCUCACAGGGGGCUUGGCGGGGAAGGAAGAGGGGGUUGUUUUUGUUUUCGUUUUUCUCAGGCAUUUCGGUAGCUGCCUAUUAUCCUGGGGGCGGUGCCGCGUGUAGACCCGAUGGACCCUGGCGAGGCGGCCAUUUUGGAGUCUUCCCGAAGGAGCUGCAACCGGCUUUUCGCGCUGGUGUCGCGGCGGCCUUGCUGGGCAGAAUGAAUGUGAUAGACCACUUGCGAGACAUGGCGGCAGCGGGGCUGCACUCCAACGUGCGGCUCCUCAGCAGCUUGUUACUUACAAUGAGUAAUAACAACCCGGGGUAUACUUUCUUUGUUUUCUAGUGAGUUAUUCUCCCCAUCUCAGAAGUACCAGCUUUUGGUGUAUCAUGCAGAUUCUCUCUUUCACGAUAAGGAAUAUCGGAAUGCUGUGAGUAAGUAUACUAUGGCUUUACAGCAGAAGAAAGCCUUAAGUAAAACUUCAAAAGUGAGACCUUCAACUGGAAAUUCUGCAUCCACUCCACAAAGUCAGUGUCUUCCAUCUGAAAUUGAAGUAAAAUACAAAAUGGCUGAAUGUUAUACAAUGCUAAAACAAGAUAAAGAUGCCAUUGCUAUUCUUGAUGGGAUCCCUUCAAGACAAAGAACUCCCAAAAUAAACAUGAUGCUGGCAAACCUGUACAAGAAGGCCGGUCAGGAGCGACCUUCAGUCACCAGCUAUAAGGAAGUGCUGAGGCAGUGCCCAUUAGCCCUUGAUGCCAUUCUAGGUUUGCUGUCCCUUUCUGUAAAAGGUGCAGAGGUGGCAUCAAUGACGAUGAACGUGAUCCAGACCUUGCCUAACUUAGAUUGGCUCUCUGUGUGGAUCAAAGCGUAUGCUUUUGUGCACAUUGGUGACAACUCGAGAGCAAUCAAUACCAUCUGUUCACUAGAGAAAAAGUCCUUAUUGAGAGAUAACGUGGACCUACUGGGAAGCUUAGCAGAUCUGUACUUCAGAGCUGGAGACAAUAAAAACUCUGUCCUCAAGUUUGAACAGGCACAGAUGUUGGAUCCUUAUCUGAUAAAAGGAAUGGAUGUAUAUGGCUACCUCCUGGCACGAGAAGGGCGGCUGGAGGAUGUGGAGAACCUUGGCUGCCGCCUUUUCAAUAUUUCUGAUCAACAUGCAGAACCCUGGGUGGUCUCUGGGUGCCAUAGCUUCUACAGCAAACGCUACUCCCGAGCCCUCUAUUUAGGAGCCAAGGCCAUUCAGCUGAACAGUAAUAGUGUUCAAGCUUUGCUACUUAAGGGAGCAGCACUUAGAAACAUGGGCAGAGUCCAAGAAGCAAUAAUCCACUUUCGGGAGGCUAUACGUCUUGCACCUUGUCGCUUAGAUUGUUAUGAAGGUCUCAUCGAAUGUUACUUAGCCUCCAACAGUAUUCGUGAAGCCAUGGUAAUGGCUAACAAUGUUUACAAAACUCUAGGAGCAAAUGCACAGACCCUUACCCUUUUAGCCACCGUUUGUCUUGAAGACCCAGUGACACAGGAGAAAGCCAAAACUUUAUUAGAUAAAGCCCUGACUCAAAGGCCGGACUACAUUAAGGCUGUGGUGAAAAAAGCGGAACUGCUUAGCAGAGAACAGAAAUAUGAAGAUGGAAUUGCUUUGCUGCGGAACGCACUAGCUAAUCAGAGUGACUGUGUCCUGCAUCGGAUCCUAGGAGAUUUCCUUGUAGCUGUCAAUGAGUAUCAGGAAGCAAUGGACCAGUAUAGUAUAGCACUAAGUUUGGACCCCAAUGACCAGAAGUCUCUAGAGGGGAUGCAGAAGAUGGAGAAGGAGGAGAGUCCCACGGAUGCCACUCAGGAGGAGGAUGUGGACGACAUGGAAGGGAGUGGGGAAGAAGGGGACCUGGAGGGCAGCGACAGUGAGGCGGCUCAGUGGGCUGACCAGGAGCAGUGGUUCGGCAUGCAGUGAGGCAGGCACAGCUCCGUGGCCACACUGGCCUGCCCUGCUCUGAGCACUCCAUGGACUGAAGGAACCUGUAGGAGCCUGCUCUCUGGGAGGACAAUGAUUCAGCAUGUGAUUGCAGCAGGGGUCUCUGCCCCUUGCUCCAUAUUUCUAGUAGUGACUUCAUUUUUAAAAACUGAGCCUGACCAACCUUCCAUAUAUCUCCAUCCUCCUCUGCUCCAGUCAGGGAGGACCAAGUGAGCGCUCAGAGGCCCAUGGACAUGUCGGGGCUUCUGGGACAGAGUGCUUUUUAUAGAACUAACUUCUAAAUCUGAAAGCUCGAGGAAUAGACAGUGUUUUGUCUGUGAUGUUGUGGAUGGGUUUAAAGGAGCGACCUGUUCCCCAGAGCAAGAGUGUCAUCUCCCAGCAGCAGCAUGGACUGGCCCUUUCAGAGAGGGUUUCCUGUCCCAGAAAUCAUUAUCCUGGGUUGUCCAAACUUCCCUAGUAACCUUGCUUCCUUCUGCAAUGUUAGUAAUGCCUUAAGCUGACAGUUGCUGUUUUGCAGAACAGUUUUCCUAUUUGCUAAUCUGGUAACUUGCCUUUGAGCCUGGGCUGAAUCUGAGAAACAAGUGUGACCUAGAGCAUGAACAGAGGCGCAGUUGGGGUAAUUAAUAAAACUGUUUUUUGUACAGUAA